CAGCGAUAUGUAAAUGUAUUCAUUGCUAAGAAAAGUGACUUGAUGACUGUUGAUGACUGUUGUUUUUAACAAGCAUUGAUUUCAUACAUCUACAAGUAAGUCAUUUAUUUUCUAUGCAAAUUUAUAGAAUAAAUCCAAGGCAUACAAAUGCUUAAAAUAAUACCUUAAAUGGUAUUGGUAUUAAAAUGUAUUUAAUCAGUCCUUCAAAUGUCUUAAAAAUGCCAAUACAUUGGGAUUGGGAUUUUGUCAGACAUUUUCUCAUGCUGUUAUUUAUAAAUCCCCAAAUAAUUUAAGCAGAAGCAUCUAUCAGCCAAAAAUGCAUCUCAUAUUUACACUUAGUCAGUUAGUUCAGUAUGGCAUUUAAUGUGUGUAAUGUGAUUAUGUAUGGACGUAUCAGUAUAUUACGGAGUGACGUAGUUCCGGUCACCAGUUGAUGAGUUGAACCAGUUAUGAAGACACGCUCGAAUGAGCUCUGUAUUAAGAUCUGUUAACCUUCUAAUAAAUACCACGACAAGUGACACAACGUGUGCGUAUCGUGACAUGGUGUCAGAAGUGACGAACUGAACGCCGAAAGAACGGAGAUGGCAAAGUUUGGACCGCCGUAACAGUUUGACUUUACCCGGCCAGGGGAAUGGCCAACAUGGAGGCGCCGAUUCGACAGGUUUCGUGCAGCUUCCAAGCUCAACAAAGAGAGCGGUGAGGUACAAGUCAACUCUCUUCUGUACUCGAUGGGGAAAGAAGCAGAGCCAAUUUAUGAAUCGUUUGUGUAUACGGAGGACGACAACAAUGAUAACCCUGAACUUAACUACGAGAUAGUUAUAGCUAGGUUUGAUGAUCACUUCGUGCCUAGACGCAACGUGAUUCAUGACCGGGCAUGCUUCCACAAGCGUGUGCAGAAGGAGGGAGAAACUGUAGAAUCUUUUGUGAGAAGCCUGUAUGAGCUUGCUCAAUACUGUGAGUUUGGCAUAACAAAGGAUGAACAAAUUAGGGACCGACUCGUUAUUGGCAUUCUAGAUAGCGAGGUCUCACAAAAGUUGCAACUUGAGGCUGAUCUUACGCUAGAGAGGGCUAUCCUCCUAGCCCGACAGAGCGAGCAGAUCAAGAAGCAGAGCGUGGAGCGGGCAGAGUGCUCAGUGAAUGCUGUGGGACAAAGGGGACAGGCAGGUUGGAAGCGCGGCAAAGACAUGCGGCAGCGAUAUGGGCGAAACUUUCCGGAACGUGAGGAGUCCAGCAAACAAAAUGGAUGCCCACGGUGUGGCAGAACACACACACGUGAGGAACGUUGCCCUGCACGCAACAAGAACUGUCGGCGAUGCGGUAAGCUGGGACACUUUGAACUGUUGUGCAAAAGCAAAAUUACUAAACAAUUAAUGGCUGUGACACACGAAUAUGGUGAUGAUGAUGACGAUGAUCAAGCUUUCUUUAUCGGAGCUGUGACAAAUCAGGCCUAUAGAGUAGUUGAACAGCCAGAUUUCAGUGACGAUUGGCGUGUCACACUGCCCAUCAACAAUAGUCUAGUGGACUUUAAAAUUGACACGGGGGCAGACAUUACUGUAAUGACUGAGAAAACAUACAGCAAACUGCCAGACAAGCCCCAGUUAGCUAGAACCACAGUCAGUGCCACAAGCCCAGGAGGGGAAGUGGAAUGCAUAGGCAAAUUCCUGGCCACAUGCCUGCACAAGGGCCAAAAGUAUGCCUUCUGGAUUACAGUGAUUAAAGGACGAUUCGCACAGAAUCUACUGGGGGGAGGUGUAGCCAAAUCCAUGGGCCUCGUGAAACGGCUGAAUGCAGUCAGCACAGAGAAGGACGACCUAUUCGGUGAAAUAGGUCUCCUACAGUGCGACCCUGUCAAAAUCGUGCUGAAACCAGGCGCGGAGCCCUAUGCUGCCACAACGCCGCGCCGGGUGCCGUUUCCCCUCCUGCCCAAAGUCGAGAAGGAGCUGGGGCGCAUGUUAGAGUUCGGCAUAAUCGAGCAUGUCACGGGCCCAACUGACUGGUGCGCGCCCAUGGUGCCUGCGGAGAAAAAGAAUAAAGACCAGGUCAGAGUGUGUGUGGAUUUCAAAAGGCUGAACAAGGCUGUCAAGCGAGAACUGUACGUGUUGCCCACACUGGAGGACAUUGCUCCCAAGCUAGCCGGGGCAAAGGUGUUCUCCGCACUAGAUGCUUCUAGUGGCUUCUGGCAAAUUCCCCUGGACCCGGAUAGCCAAAAACUGACCACCUUCAUCACACCCAUGGGCAGGUUUUGCUUCAGGAGGCUCCCAUUCAGGAUCUCGUCAGCCCCUGAAAUUUUCCAAAGACUCAUGACCGAGCUGCUCAGUGGCCACGAGGGAGUCGUGGUCGUGAUGGACGACAUACUCGUCUACGGUGCGGACGAGGAGGAACACAACAGGCGGCUGAAUGCAGUCCUCCAGACCAUAAGGCGGUCUGGACUGAAACUGAACAAAGCCAAGUGCCAGUUCAACAAGUCGUAGAUCGGCUACUUCGGACACAUAAUCAGCGCAGAGGGCAUGAAACCAGACAAAAGCAAGGUGAGCGCAAUCACUGACAUGCCCAGCCCAAACAACGUGGGAGAGCUGCGCCGGGUCCUAGGCAUGAUCAAUUACCUGGGGAGGUUCUUGCCAGGCCUCUCAACUGUGCUACACCCAGUCACUGACCUGCUCAAGAAGGACAGUGCGUGGGCAUGGGGUGACCUCCAGGAGAGAGCGAUGCAGAAAGCCAAAGACAUGCUCUCAUCAGCCCCAACACUGGCCUACUACGACUCCAACCGCCGCACCGUCGUCAGCGCUGACGCCAGCAGCUACGGC